UCGAAAGAGCACGCCCGGUCGCCAUUUUGAUUUUGUUUUAUUAAUUUUAUAAUCAGUGGCAGUGUACGCGUACGACUUUUAUAUUUUAAAAUUGUUUUUUAAUUAUCGAUAAUUCAUUGUAACUAUAAUUAUAUUUGUUAAUCAAGUGUUUAUAAUUAAAUUUAAUUGUGGAUUAUCAUUUUAAUUUGUAGUUGUUUUGAUUUGAACGUAUUUUAAUGUAUGGAAGAUAUAUAAAAUGAUAAUAUGGCUCGGAGCACAAUAUUUGCCGCAGUUUUCUACAUAAUCUUAAGUACAGGGGCUUAUGCGCAAUUUUAUGAUUUCUUAGAAGCAUUACAACCUUUAGUAAAAUCGUAUCCAUCAUUUGGAGAUUUCUCUACAUAUGACAAUAUAUUUACAACGAAAAAACCUAAAACAUUCAAUAGAAAUCCGACAAAUCAAAGAACAGAAGAGAAGAAAGAGAGAAGAAAAACACCAGCUGCGAUCUCAACGUUAGAAAGUUAUUUAAGAGAUGACGCAAGAAAGAAGGAAAAGAUAGGACAAGAUGUAUCAACAACAUUUAAACCUGUGAAUAAAAACACCAAUCAUAGGAAUGACAAUCAAAAUAAACCAACAAACAUAAGAAAUUCUUCAAGGAAUACAGCAAGAGAAAUACACAGCAGUUCAAAAGAGAAUUCCAGAAGUACAUCUAGAAAUAACAACGAUCCUUUAUCAGUACAUGAUAAUAACAAUGAAAAAAGAAAACAUAACGAUGAUAAAAUAUCGUUCAUAACAAGAACAACAAAAAGAUAUGAAACAACAACAAAAAGGAACAGUCAAUCAUCAGAAAACUACGAAAAACAAAACAAUUACAACAUACAAUCAAACAAUAACAAAAAUAAUAACAAUAACUAUAAUUCCAAUGAAAAUAUUCAUUUCCCCAACAACGAACAAGAUAACAGGCCAUCAAACAACCAACCUUUCAAAAGUCUUACCCAAUCAAACGAAUACGUCUCUCAAUCCACAAACAGGGGAUCGAAUAGACAAAAUAAUCAAGGAAACAAUAGACCUUAUAAUAACCAAAAUACACAAUCAGGCGAAUAUUCAACAAACAACAAAAUAUCUAAAAAUUACGUCCUCACAACACAGAAUCCUUUUUACAAUAGACCAGGAGUUAGACCAGCUGUUGUCGACGAUAAACGACCACCGAUAACAAAUAGACCACCAUCAAGAAGAACUACAACAUUAAAACCGGUACAUGUAUUACCAAAAGACACCAGAAUCCCACCAGAAUUGAUAACAGUUCCUGGAGAAGAUGCAAUGAGUGAAGCUGAGAGAUUACGACAUAUAGAUGUGUCGGAAAGAAUGUGCAGUAAAUAUAAGAAAUUAUAUACGAAACAACUCCAGGCUAUACCAUUGGUGCCGUCUCCGGAACCUCUUGAGAUAAAUGUGACGUCAUGCGCUCCAUCAAAGAUCCCCCUUAUUGUUGGGGGUAAAGUCGUAUCUAUAAAAGAUUUUCCACAUAUGGCGCUGAUUGGAUGGGUGAAGUUGAAUUAUGACGGAUAUGCGUGGCGUUGUGGUGGUUCUUUAAUAAGCGACCGCUUCGUUCUAACCGCCGCGCACUGCGCUUACGAAGAGAGAGACAACAGCAUUGUAAUGGGUCCACCGAGAGCGGUACAAUUAGGCUCGUCAUACUUGGACGAUCCCAACGCAGUUGUUAUGAAGAUAUCUACGGUCAUACGGCAUCCGAGAUAUAAGUUGCCUAAAGCUUACUAUGAUAUAGCAUUAAUCAAGAUGUCGGACGCUGUCACUUUCUCGGAGUUUAUUAGGCCUGCCUGUCUUGGUGUGCCACCAACACCGAAUGAAUCGUUCAUUGCUACAGGAUGGGGAAGGACGGAAUUCGGCGGUGACCUAUCCAGGGAACUUCGCAGUGUAUCUCUAGAUGUUUGGGAGCCGGUGGAUUGUAUACGGGCGCUCGGCAAAUCUCGCAAACUACCCAACGGACCUUCAAGUGACAGUCAACUAUGUGCCGGCGUCAGGGAAGGCGGGAAAGAUACGUGUCAGGGUGAUUCCGGUGGUCCGGCGCAGAUCCAAGAUGGCUGCGUAUGGCGGGUGGUAGCUGUCACUUCUGUCGGUCGCUCAUGCGGCGCCCCCAACACUCCUGCGCUCUACGCGAUCGCACACCGAGCAUUUAUAUCAUCUGUGGUAUACAGCGAACAAUCACUCAGUUCUGAAAUCGAUCAGAUCGAUUUAAACGAACAAGGAUAUCAUCCAUCUCGUUCAACAGAAACAUUUAAUUAUCAAAAUAAUAAUUGGAAAUCACAACAACGUAACGAAAAUGUACGCAAUCAUGAAAAUACAAGAAGUGUUGGGAAUAAUUAUAAUUAUAAUCAACAAAGCAACGAUUAUACGAAUAAUUAUGAAGCUUAUAAUCAACCUUAUUAUAACGAUGCUCCAACUUGGUUCUAGAUUUUCGUAAAUUUUACACAACACUAGCUGUCGCCCGCAACUUCGUCUCCGCGCUCUGAGAUACUGAAUAUGCAUAUAAAAUUUCAUAAAAAUCUGUCUAACUGUUUCAGAGUAUGGUAAUUCACAUUCUGACACGAUAUCUUACUAAUAUUAUAAAUGCGAAUGUUUAGACGGAUGUUUAUUAGAAGAUAUCUCCGAAACGGCUGCACGGAUCUUUCUGAAAUUUGUCAUAGAUGUAGAACAUAGUCUGGAAGAACACGUAGGCUACUAAUUAAGUUUUUUUUUUUUAAUUCGGACGGAGUCGCGGGCGACGGCUAGUUUGAUAUAUAAAGUUGCAGUAAGCCUAGACUGUCGUACCAAUAUUAUUUCACGUUGACCAAAUUUGAAAGAUAAUCGUUGUCCCUUUCAUUCUUUUGGAAAAAAUAAAGAUGCAAUAUUUAAACAUACAUAUUUCGGCUAUGAAACAGAGAGUGACAUUUUCAGAUAACCUAAAUCAUAAUCAAAUCUAACAUUCUAUAUUAAUAAGACAGCAAAAAGACUGUUAUUUGAAUUUAUAACAAUAACCACAUAUUUAUAUUUAACAAUAGAUUCGUAAUAACCAAAUAAAUAUUCAUAAUUUCUUUUCCGGUUUUAGAUUUCUAUUCUAACCAUGUACAAAUUAUAUUUCUAAGUUUUUUGAGUUAACGGUUUUAAGUUUUUCUUUUUAAUGAGAUUAUUAGAAAUGUGGACGUAUUUCUAUUGUAUUUCGCGUGUGUAAUCUGAUUUAUAUUUUAUUAUAUUUGUACUUAUUU